ACGAAGUUUCAUAGAUCAUGCAAAUUGAUGGCUUUGUGAGUGCGAUGUACAGGCUGUCCGAUGUACUAGGGACGUCACGUUAAUCGUCGUACACGUGGUCGUCGUUUUUGUCGACAUGGAACUCGGGAAUUCGACAAUGCUGGAAUCCUCCAGCGAGGAUACUAUGUUGACUGAGACCGUGAAAAGUAUAGUGCCGAGUGAUGAACGCAACGAAUCGGAGACUGAAGGGGAUUUUUUCCUCGUGUCGCAGACUCAGAGCGAGCAGUAUUCUCAGGAGAACGUUGAGCAAACGUCAACUCUUUACAAAGAGGAAACACUUGCAUGGACGCAACUUUGUAGGAUAUGUGCCAACGCGACCGAUCAGAUAAUACCUAUUUUUGAAGGCGAGGGAGUGCAACAUGACUUGUCUAAUAAAAUACUCAAAUACUUGCCGAUACAUAUAUCUGAGACUGACACCCUGCCAUUGCAAUUGUGCUUUCAAUGUGCGGGUACACUGCUAGCCUGGCAUGAGUUGUGCGAAGGAUGCCUAAAUGCAGAGAAAAGAUUACUGGAAAUGCAAGAUGCCCUGCAAAAUAAGUAUCAGUAUUGCAAUCCUACAUCUUCAGAUAAUCUAGAAAUUACAACAACAACCGUGACUAUUGCAUCUAAUACUACAGACUCACAACCCGAGCAGCAGGUUAAUGAAGGAAAUGAUGCUGAGGAAAAUAUAUCUAACAGGUCUUGCGGCGUCCGGACACCGUUUAAAGUGUCCCUGGACACGCAGAAUGCAUUUUGGAAGCCAUACAGGAAACGAUGUCAAUCGAGAACGAUGCGCAACCUGAAAAAGCCAAAGACGAUGACGGCUGAGGACUGCGAUUCCGUCUGGAUCACGGACACGGUGCUCGAUCAACCGCCCGCGAUGACAGAACAGCUUGAGAAUAACGAUCCGUUGAGAUUGUCCGCUGCGGCGAAAGAGAAUCAUGUCGCGGCGCAACAAUCUGUAAGAGAUAUCGAGUACGAGUCUCACCAGACGAUGCACGAGGGGAAAAAUCAAAUAGACGAAAUUCUCAAGAACUCACCAUGCUCACCCGGUAACGAAAAGGGCGAUGCAGAUCCGUGCGAGACCAGCAAAGCGUCGCACAAAGAGGAAUUAUUUCGGUGCGACGAAUGCAGCAAGUGCUUCAAACUGAAAGACUCGUUUCAUCGACACAUGAGGAUACACAAAGACGAGCGACCGUUCACCUGCCACGUGUGCGGCAAGCAAUUCCGCGACUCCGGCGGACUGACCAGGCACUUGAAGGACGUGCACGCGAAGCUGAAGAACUUUAUGUGCGACUUGUGCGGCCGGUCUUUCGCGUCCAAGGCCACGCGGGAGGACCACCGGCGUACCCAUACCGGCGAACGACCGUACGUUUGUGAUUCGUGCGGCAAGACCUUCAAGUCCAAGGCGUCGCUCUACAUUCACAGUAAACUACACACCGAUGAGUUCCCGCACGCGUGCUCGUACUGCAGCAAGCAAUUCCGUCGACGGCAGGAAGUGCUGGCUCACGUGACCACGCAUACGGGUGAGAAGAAUCACGCGUGUGAUGUAUGCGGCAAGAAGUUUCGAGUCAAAUCCGAACUGGCGCGACACAAGCUUAUACACUCCGAAGAUAAGCCAUUUGUCUGCGGCAAGUGCGGCCUCGCCUUUCGGCAGAAGCGCUACUUGAAUAAUCAUAUUAAGAGCCGACAUAACGAGUCUUUAUGAAGCGAUAUGAUAAGGG